UUUGCCCUGAUAUCGCGUUGCGCUCUCGGGAUGAGUACGUUUUGUUGAUCGGCGGUGUAAAUUGUUAAUAUUCGAACCGAAUUCACUUUCGUCCCUGCAGUAAUGCGUGUAUCGCGCGGUCUGAAGUUCUCGCGCCGUCUAUUAAGAUAAAUCAGUGUGCCUCUAUUAAUUACAGUGUUAUUUAUUGACUUAGUGAAAAUGCAGCAGUGAUUUGCCAAAGUGAUACAAUUAAAAUUAGAGUUAAUUGAAAUUUAAUUAAAAUUGAUUGGUUUAAUGAAAAAGUAAGGAAAAUGGAAUCAACUGCUUUUGAUGAUCAAAUAUUCAGUGAAUUCAACGACACCCUCAGUCCACUGGGCACAAAAGCAAUACAUGCAAGUGGGCCCAGUGGCCAUAAUAUACAAGUAGUGUUAGGAAUCAAUCAAUCGUCACCUGACUCUUGCACACAGCGGUUACCUGAAGUGAAUAGCAUUCUGGCAGCUGGAUCGCCCAGCUAUAAAAAUAUUGACUACACCAAUUUAAAUAAAGUCGACUAUCAUCCGAAUGGAAAAGUUGACCAGCAGUACUCGCCAAACUCCAACAAGAUGGAGUACAUUAACUGUAAGCUAGAAUACUACUCCCCGCUGCUCAAUGCCAAUAGUAAUCUGAAUAAAAUAGAAUUUGUUAAAACCCUAGAUUACAAUGCAAACGGCCGCAUCGAGUAUUCACCGCCAUCGAAAGCACCAGAUUACGGAAAUGGGAAGCUGGAGUACGAGACCACCAUGACUAUUUUCCAGCAGCCACCUCCGAUGAGUUCCACCUCGCUUAACGGGUUGAAUGAUCCCAGCAAACGAAAAGGCGACGAAGUGCACAGUGUCUCUGGAUCCUCAACUCCAACCACGACGACACCGAUCGCAAAUGUAAACGGAAGUGACAGUGCUUCGAGUUCGAAUAAGAAAAAUGACAAGAAAAAAGGAGACCCCAAUGGGAUCAAGAAAAAGAAAACGAGGACCACCUUCACAGCAUAUCAGUUGGAGGAGCUGGAAAGGGCCUUCGAGCGAGCACCCUAUCCCGAUGUGUUCGCUCGUGAAGAGCUGGCUCUCAAACUCAACUUAAGUGAAUCUCGUGUACAAGUAUGGUUUCAGAAUCGUCGCGCUAAAUGGAGGAAACGCGAGCCUCCUAGAAAGUCAGCUUAUAUGGGCAAUAAUAGUCCAUCAACGCCAAUGAAUGGCCCGAUUGGCACAACGUUCACGCAGUACCCGCAGACUACGACCGUAACUCCACCAGGCAGUGUAGAAAGCUGGCCCACUUACCAAACCCCGUACGAGUUGAGUCCCCAUUUCAAUCUACUGUCUCCUGCUGCUAGUCCUUAUGGAUCCUUCACCACCCAGUAUGGUACUUACGUGCACGAAAGUCAAUUAUUUCCCGUGAGGCAACAUUUCGAUUACGGCAGCCCGUCUAGACCGGGAGUUGAACCGGAGGAAUCACAUCACAAAACGGAACACUAUGCGUCAUUGGACGAUAAAUUCGAUACGCACUGCACUGUUUCGGAUGGUGUCACGAAUGGGAAAUACGUAGACGACACCAAAUACAUUCACGCCGUUAACAUCAUUGACGACCCAAAGUACACGAACAACUGCCAUCUAGAGGAUCCCACGUUGAAACAAUCCCACUACGGUACACCUACCUCGUGCCAGCCUGGUGAUGAAUCAGAAUCACUAGGAAUCGUUAAGUCUGAGGAUGGCGUUAGUCAUAGCUAUGUGCUGCCACCUUUUUUGCGCUGAGGCAAAUGAUUCGAGUGAACGGGUCAAACAAGUAGAAAGUAUCGUUGAAACAGCAGAAAGCACACAAAUGCUAAACUCCCAACAGAAAUGAUAUUAGGCCAAAAAUGAAUCCGAGAGUAGAGCAAAAGAUUCCUUAAUACAAUUUAGAAAAAAUCAUUACACAGCUUUACUUUUGCCCAACUCAGCGAUGUAUUCUGCAAUCCAAAAUUAUUUUUUCAUUCUACAACCCAAACUUGCUCUACAGAUUUAUGAAUUGUUUGAAAUAUUGUUAUGCUUCGAUAAAUACUUGUACAACCCUGUAGUGUUGAGGAAACUCAGAUGGUGCACGGAACUUUUUCCAUGAUGCCUGGCAAUGAAAGCACAGUUGCUCUCAAUCUAGACAUGCUCCAUGUUGGUUUGAUAUUCACGGCGCUGAAUUCGGGUUCAAAACAAAACAUUUUCGGUAAACUAAAUAUUUACCAUCGAAAGAACGAUUAGUUUCUGGAAUGGAAAUAAUUUAUUGAUUAUCCAUCUGAAUCAAUUUAAAACAUUUUGCUUCCAAACUGCGCAAUGGAGCCUUCACUGUAAAUCUUUUUUUUUAAAUAAUGAACAAGUACGGUUAAUACCUGUGUCUAGCGUUUCCGUUUUACAAAGUGUGAAAACGAGCUUAAAGCACCGCCCUAAUAGCAAUGAAAUCACGUUUCUUUCGGAAGCCUACAUUGUCUGUUUUAAAGGAAACAGAAAAAUUUAAUUGGGUUGGGAAAAGGUGAACACGGAACCAUAGGAUAAACAUGCAAUUGUUGAAAAAGCGGAUAACACAUGAAGCUUUAUUUUAUUCUACGCUUGUUGAAUAUCUACAGAGCAAUUUCAUUUUCCCAAAUCAAUCAAGCGUUUCUUGUUGUGCUGUUUAUACGUAUAUGGAAGUUUGGGUGGGUCUUGGUGUGGAAAAUUUUGGAAUCUUACUUCAGAAACUUUGUACCAAAACGUAGGCAUUUUUUUCAAACUUGGUAAAAAAAAGUAACGCGGAAUUGUUUCGAAAUGGCAACAUUAUAAUGAUUGUUUUUGAGACUACCCUGCAGCAGCUUUACCGUGAAACGAAAUAACAUCUGCGAUGAUUCACUCCAACAUCCGAACUUUACCCUCGCGCCGCUAUCAGCCAGCUGUUAUUUGUGGGAAGUAAAGAGGAAAUAUCGUUCUGGUUUCUUUUUAUGUUGGCAUCAUUUAUUUGUUUAAUAUUGAAUUUCCCAGCUAGUAAACACCGAUCGUAAAUGAAAAUCGAGCAUUACCGUGGGUACAAGGGGGGAGAGAAAAAAGAAAUUAUAAUUGUGGCUCGAGGCAAAAUACAUGAGCUUUGUUGCUCGACAACUGUGAUUUUCUCUGGGAUCAUUUUGCGACAAUAGAAGAGCCUUACAAAAUGGAAAUAGACUUCAAAGUUCCAAACUAUCAACAAGCACAAUGUGUACCAUUCUCAAUCAAGAGCUAGCUAUACUUGUGGUUUUGAGUAAAUAAAGCAACCACCAACUCAUCUAUGUACUUAUAGGACGUCAAUGAAAAUGGCCAUCAGGCAUUUUAUAGAUCAACUAUAUUCAAAAUGUUUAUUGGUUUAAAAAAGACCCUAAGCAAGAUGUGAGCUCAAUCGGAUGAUUUACAGUAAUAUAACUGAGGCUCUACAAUUGGUUUUUAUAACCGUUUGUCUUGAAAUCAAGACUGUAGGUAAGUAUGGGAAAAACGAUGUUGUCAAUUUGUUAGAAGAUAGUGUUUGAAGGAGCAAUGUUUGGAGAAGGAAGCAGUGGUCAUCUUGCACACUGAUUUGAUCAUAUGUUUCUGCUGAACAUCAGAUAAAAGUACAUUAGGGAACUAGGAAAAGAGUUAGUACUAAUCUAUUUCAAAACAAAAUUAUAAGAAACAAUGGCAUAGUGCGGAAACAUUUUUCUCUUCAAUUCAAUAGAAAAUAAAACUGGUAUGUGCACUUUCCACUAUCUCCAGCAAACUGACUUGUGGGGAACAGUCCACAUUACAGUACAAACAAUCGAAUUGUCCACAUCGCUUUCGGUGCCACAGUUAAACUUUUCAAGCCCUGCUUGCUCACAUUGUGCUGUUGGCUGUAAAGAAGCUCUACCCCUCCCAGAAUACAGUCAUUUCGCAACACAAAUAACUGUAAAUAUAUUUGACACACUGUGAGCCUAGCCGGACAAAACCUCAAAAUAUUGUCGAUUUUGCAUGAUUUAACAUUUUUCUCUGUUUGUAAACAGGUUGAAUAGAGUCUUUUCAAAAUUUUAGGUCUUGAGUGCGAAAGAUAGAUUUUUUACAGAACUUCAAAGGUGAAAGAGAUGAUCAAUUCUGGAAGAAGCUGUAUUCAAACCUAUGUUAUUCAAAUGAAUAUAUCUUGUUAGAUAAGAUGCUGAUUACAGUCGAAUUAGUUUCAUUUCAAAGGUUAUUCGCUGGUCUUAUACUUGUCUUUCGAUUUAGUCGAUACAAGUCUUUCUUUUCGCUCAGAUACGAAAAACAAAUAAUAUAUCGUGCAUUAAAUUAAAAUUAUAAUGUUCAAAGUGGUUGUACUUUUUUUUGAAACAAAUCGGAUAGAUCGCUUGUGAUUAAUGGCACUUACAAAUUAGUGUACUUUCCGAAAAUGAAUGUCUUGUUUUGCCCCUUUCUGCCCCGAGGCAUGAAAACAGUGAUUUUUCAUGAUAUGUCUGAAGAAGACGCUUGGUAGUGUUUGAUUACCCAGGGCCGUAAUAUAAUUUAUAAAUGUGUCUCAGCAUUAUCAACAAUUGAAAAAAGUGUAUUCUGCUAAAAAAUUUACCACACUAAAUCUUUUGAAAAUGAACUUUCAGAUAUAGUGCACUUUAUAUUCGCAAAAGUUGUUUUUUCGAACCACCAUAAGUGCCAAAAUUUAAAAAAAAAAGUUCAACAUCAAAUAUGAAUUCAGCGCCACAAAAUUACCCUAAUGUGAAGUUUUCAUCAAAUUUUGACCAGUUUUGAGGUUUUGUCCGACUUUAGUAUGGAAGGUGAUCACUGUGCGACUCAAUGCGUCAGCAUAACUUAGCUGUGAAGCUUUUAUGAUUUUACAUUACGUAAAAAUACAAGAACAAUACAAAGUUAAAACGGCCAGGAGGGUUUUGUAGAUGUAUCUUGCUGCUGCGUGUUGAGAACCUUUUUCUUGGCGGUAAUUCAUUAGCUGUGUUGUCCCUCACAACUCGGGAGUCAGCCCAUUUGCCUUCUCUUUCGUUAUCAUUCACGGCCAUGUCCUGAUCGGUACAGCUUUCGUGAUGUUCGAAGUUGGAAGUUUUUAUCUUACGGGUCGCUGCUGUAAAUCCGUGUUUAUCUAUAUUUUUUGUACUAUGCUAUAUUUCACCCUAAGGAUAUAUUUUUUUGUGCUGGAUGUUGGUUUGGAUACACUGGGCAAAUCGUUGUUAUUUCGGUGUUGGUACAGGAAGUUAGUUUCGAUAUACAAAGCGCAUCAAAUAUUGAUUCACCAAUUGAUUAUUUUAUCAACAUCCGUUGAAAACUUUGUUUUUCUUUGUUGAUUACUAGGUCGAUUUUGCUUAGCGACUUCGCAGCAUUGUUUUCCGUAAUGUGCUAUCUGGUUACAAAACUGAUACGUAUCAGACUUGGGUAAGCGCACAGCGUUUUUGCCAACAACAUUUUAACAGCACGAACAGCGUUGGGGAUGCCACUGAAAAAUUUUCCGGUCGCUUCUCUAAAUUUUGACAUACACACCUAGAAAAAUCGUGUAAAUUUACGUCUCCUGACCCUGACAUAUACGAGCAUCAAAAAUCGCUUACUUUUAAAUUUGAUUUUAAUUUUAUACGACGUUGAAUUUCGUAAAUCACGUCAUUUUACUCCACAUAUAGCGUUCGUUCUGAAUGGCAGUAAGUGUAAUUUUAUGUCAUUGCGCAUGUAAUGUAUAUGUUUCAUGUAAAAUUACGCGUGCAGAAUUUAACAUGAAAAUUGCCGUAGUUUGCUACCAGAAAAUCCUCCUUCUGGUCACUGACUGGAGAAAUGUCGUGAAUAAUGUGUUCAAUAAAGUGACAUGAAAAAACUAACCCCUAUCGGCCCACCCCUGAGUCUAGCUACCGGACCAACGUGCCUGAAGUUUGUUUGGGAUUGUUCGACAAUUUACAUGGACAAAACCCACUAGCUCACAUUUUCGCCGCUAGGUGGCACUGUAUACAUCGUAUUAUCACUGUAAAUGAAAAUAAAAAAGUUAAUUUAAUUAUCUAUAACUUUGUCGAAGACUGCAAGCCAAUCCGGCUUUGUUAAAAGAAGUUAUUAAACAUUUAGUGAAAUGAUGUCUGGGUCAGUUUUGCAUGGGGCCUAUCAGUGCAUCAGAGACUAAUCUAGUCUCUGAGUGCAUGGUUGUAUAAAAGUACUAGAUUUCCACGAACUACAUGUUUUUGUAAAAAAAUGGUUAGGUUUAGCUCAAUAGUAUGUUUAGAAGAAGGAGUCAUGUUUUGGUUAGAAAAUUUUAGUUCCACAUGUUAUCGCAUAGAGGGCACCAACACUAACUUUUCAACGGAGAGAGAUAGAAAUUAGAUGUCUUCCACAAAGUUGUAGAUCAGCAAUAAUUCUUCCGAACAUUUUGAUAAUCUAUCAAUCAUAGUAAUACCACUGUAAUAUCUUACAGUGAUAUUACGAUGCAUACAGUGCCACCCAGCAGCGAAAAUGCGAGCUAGUGAGUUUUCUCCAUGUAAAUUGUCGAAAUAUUCCAUACAAACUUCAGCAACGUUGGUCCGGUAACUAGACUUGUCCGAUUUGCUUCAAAUUUGGUGCAAGUACUCCCGGUGGGACUAAGAAUCGACUCAGGGGUAGGCCGAUUGAGUUUUUGAAGAUUCAUUAUUUUCCUGGACAUUCUAGUGUUCAAUGUUUGCGUUUUAUUGGCGUAGAGGAGUUAUUUUACGGAGCACAAUAAAAAUCAAAGCGAGACUGACAAUUGAUAUUGCCCUUUUUCGAUAUGAUUUAUCUAUCGAACAUCGUUUUCAAAUGUCGUAGAUCUCGUAGAAACUAUUUGUUUCUUAUACAUAUACGGUUUAAUUUGUAUAAUAAUAUGUUAUGGGAAUAAUGCACGGAAAAGAAUCUGUCAAAAAUCCAUGAAAAAUUUAACCUUGGCAGAAAACACUGAAUCGUGACAAAGCUCCUAAAAACAUAUAGUUAUUAAAAAUCCACAAAACUAGUUCACGCCAAAAAAAAAUGGAAUUCGAAUGUUCGCUUCGGAUAUUAUGGUUGUAUGUGUAUUUUUUUUUUUAUUUCAUUCGUCAAGUUUAAAAUUGGCCUUUUUGCGUGUAGUAAAGUGAUUCAUGUUCAUGAGUUCAAGAGCUUAGUCACAAUUCCCGUUAUUUUUCUUCAGGUUAUCGCGAUACUUUGUAUAUGUAUGAGCUAUCGAUCAGAUUUUUCGCACCGAGUAAUGAGAUCCAUGUUCAUGAUUUCAAAAGCUUAGUCACGAUUUUCAUCGGAAACCGCGAAUGAAGUUCUCACAGCAUGAAAGCUGCAAAUUUUUACCAAGUUGUUUUGAACAUGAAUGAGGAACGAAUCUCAAAUCAUGCCCUACUAUGUUCAAUUCGCAGUUGUUCGUUUUGCUUCAUUCAUUCAAACAACGGAGGUAGUCAAUCAUUUUCCAUUCAUUUUCAGUUUCAAUAACCCUGUGAAUAACUCUCUACCGAGGUCUUGACUAGGUUUUUCAAGCAAAACUACUUUGAACAUACUUCUUACUGUUCAUGUAAGCUUGAAAAUUCAAAACAUGUUCAUGUAAGCUUGAAAAUGCAAAACAUGUCAGUUUAUAAAAAUGCCACCAACUUGAAAGUGAAUUUGAAUCAUAGUUGUGGUGGAUUGAACUCAAAGGAUUUCAUUCACGAAUUUGGGUUCAAAUUUUUUUAUAAAUCCCCAAAGAAAUAUUGUAGUUUACAUAUGGUUUAAAAAGUUACUUUUAGCUAUUUUAUAACACCUUCAUGAUUUUAUUUAUUUUUUUAAGAUAUUCAUUUAGCAGUCGUUGAUACUGCGAAACUAUUACAAGAUUCGCAAAACAUCCCAGUAGUUUACCCCGCCUGUAAGAGUUGGGUGACCUUUAGACACUCUUUGGUCUCUCAUAGAUUUAUCCCCCUGUGUAAACAUUUAAAUGAAAAUACGUGAAAAAUCCCAUCGCAUACAAUCUCGCACGCAUAAAUCACCAUUGUUUCCAAAUUUGCACGCAAGGCCGGUGUGAUGAUUACUGGCCGAUCAUAGCGGCUGCUAGUGGCAAGUUGCUACUUACUGGUAACAUUAUAAAACGGCAGUUUUACUUCUUACACACAUUAGAUACUUGAAUUGUACGUCAGCUCUCAGCGGUAUUAUUAAGUCAGCCAUUAUGAAUUGUCUACCUGAAGAGUUUUCAAGUCGAUCAAACUGUGCUGUGUAGUGCCAGCCAACAUUUAGAGGGAAUUUUUACACAACUCACCCCUCAAGAUGGACGUACAUUCUCGGUGGUUUUACUUAAUCAAAUUAUAUAACCAUUCUUGAAAAUAACCCCAACUGUGACAUCAAACAACUUUUAACUUGAUCAGCUUUUUAGUUCUAUUCAAAUGACUCCGAUCGGCGUGAUUCUUCAAACAAAAAGUUAUAGAACAAACUAAAAGCUCUCUCAGUACUAAUGAUCGAAAGGGAUGUGGAUUAUGGGAAACACUGUUUGGUAUUAGUGCAUCAGAAUCAGAAACCAGAAUAUAUUGGCUCCAUUGACACGUUCUCCCCGUUAUUUUCCUUGUUAGUAUUAGUAUAUACAAGAUACAAUGUAAACUAUUGUAGUGCAAUAUCGUGUAACGGCAGUUCAUUGUUUCGCUACAUUUACACGUUAUUUAAAAUUCUCCAAACACUUCACUACGCGUACUUCUGUAGAGCAAUUAUACUUUGUGUUUUAGUGUGGGUAAGAAUAAUAAAAAAACAACACUGAAUGAUGGUCUAGUCCCGGUUUCAUUUUAGUAUCAUGAGGACGAAGAAACAUUCCUUCCUUUAAAAUUGUGCUGAUCCAAGUACGAGCAUACCAACUGUUAAUUUGCAAAUUUUUUGAGAAAGAAAACUGUAUAAAAAUUUCAAGCGAUUUAGAAAAAAAACUAUUGUAUCAAGGCGAAUUUCCUCCAGAUUUAUAAUUUAAGCGAAAUACAACAACAAAAUCCAAAUGUCUUGCCAAAGAAAACAGGAGCUAAGUUUCUUGUCUAAUAGAAUAAUUAUUGUUUUCACAGAAGCGCAUGAAAGCUGUUAAUGUAUAUCAAGUUUAUUUAACGUUGUUAGCGCAGUUUAAUUUACUUCCCGUGCAGUGAAAAUUGCAGCGCCAGAAAUUAUUCAAUUUAGUCCAAUGUAAAUAGUUAGAUUGCGUUUCCCUGGGACCAUGGAUAGAGGAGCAUCUCAGAUACAACGUUGGAGUGCAGUUCCCGACAGUGCCUUAUAUCGUGUGUACAAUUCUAUCUCUCAAUCCAACAUGCUUACAGGGUAGGAAGAAAUGCGAAAUAGAAUCUUGUACUGUGCGAAGUAUUUCCCCGUUUAGUAGUGAAGAAUUUGUUCGAAUAGUCUGUGCAAAUCACAUACAACGUGCUGAAAAUCAUAACGGAUACACUAUUUGCCGUUGCCUGAUGAGGUACCGCCGAAAAACGGACCCUCCUUUCCACCUGCUUGUAAAUAUUACCAUAUAAUAUCUACUUCUACAUAGAUGUACUGUACCAAGAAGAGAUGUGUAAACCAGAUUUGAGCUCAGAAAAACAGACAUUUCCCCGCUAGUAACAUUUCGCGAGCAGAAUAUCAAACGCCAUAGCAUAAGGAAUUACAUUUGCACCAUGCGUGUACGCUAUGCUGAUCAUUUGCUGUACUGAACUUUUAUUGUUGAACGUGCAAACUUUUCAGCAUAUUGAGAGGCACAGUAAGGCAGCAAAGUACAACUCAUAAGCCAGCGAUAGCAAGAAAUGAAUAAGUUAUGUUAAUACAAAGAUCUAAUAUAUGUGUGCACACGCAAGGUAAUUCAAAAUUUGAAAAGAAGAAUGAAAUAGCGAAAUGUGAAACUAUUAUAAGUAAACAGGAAUAAAUUUGUAACUAAGGUUUAUAAAAUAUAGUGUAAUAUAAA